UUCUAUUGAAUGUGAACAAGAUAAAAUUGAAAAUAAAUCAACAAUUGAUGUAAAUCAAUCUGAUAGUAAUAGUUUAAAAACACUCAAUACAAUAUCUAUUCAUACAAAAAGUUAUAAUACAUCAGCAUAUCCUAAAAAAUUUCAUCAACAACAUAUAAAGAAAAGAAUAUCUCGAUCACCUGCUGAAUAUGGUAAACAUAAACAUAAACGAAGAAGACAUACACGAUUUGAAUUAAGAUCAAAAGCAUGCAUUAGUAAUAGAAAUGUCAAUUAUUCAUUUCUUAACAAUUUAUGUUUACUGUAUCAAAAUAAAAAACAGAAAACGAUGAAAAAACAUAAUAAAAAACAAAAACAAUUUAAAUCAGUAAAACAUAUUAAUAUUAAUGCAACAAAAGGAAAUUCCAGUACUACAAAUCUACGAAAUAAUCUUAUCAUUGAAUCGACAGAUGACUUAUCCAGUCUUCAUGCAGAACAACUACAAGUUUAUUUCGAAAACUUGAUACAAACAAUAGAAAUACCUGAUCAAUUUCAAUUAACUGAAGAACAGUUAAAUCAAAUUAUAAUCGAAGAAAAUAUUCGAAUACAUGACGUUGACCUUAAUGAAACAUCAAUGAAUACUUUUCAUUUGAACGAAAAACAGAUUCAAUUUUUGAUUGCUCAGAUAGAUAUGAUGAACUGGUUAUCAUUAAAUUCUAAUUUCUCAUUCAAGCAGCAACAAUUACCACUUAUUCUUCAUCUUAAUCAGUUAAUCGAAUUAUGUAAUCAACAACACAUCGAUAUAGAUAAACUUCUUAAUAAUCAAACUGAUUUACAAAAUUCAUUAUCACCCGUCAAUUCAAACUUUGAAUUCACUUUCUCAGCCUCACAAAUAGCAUAUAUAAUCAAUCAACAUAGUUUUGAUAUGAAAAAAGUAUUAGCUAUUCAACAAAAUUUAAAAAAAGAAGAUUCACAAACUCAACAGUUUCACUUGAACAUAUCACAACUUGCUUAUUUGUUUGUUAAUCGUCAUAUUAUGCAUAGUCAUGAAAUUGUUGGUCUUUCUGCUAGUCAAUUAAUAGCUUUAUAUAUGUUGCAACAAUCAUCAAUUCAAGAUGAUCAAACAUCAUUUUUUUCACUUACUUAUCAACAAAUAAAACAGUUAGCUUUGAUGCAAAAUAUGUCUUUGGAACAUCUUCGAGCAUUACCUAUUUCAAAUAAACCUCUACAACUAUCACAUAAUCAAUUAACUUAUAUUGCUAUGGAAAAUAAAAUAACAAUAGAACAAAUAACAUCACUUCACAGUAGUCAGAAAUCAAAAAUAUUAACUCAUAAACAGCUCUGUACUUUAAUUAACCAAAGUAGUCAAUUAACUGAAUUGAAAAAUUCCAUAAAUCUUAGACAAUCUACUGAUGAAUUUUCUCGUAUACCCCAAUAUAUUUGCUUGAAUGUAAAGCAAAUCUUUUCUCUUGCAUACUAU